CACCCGCCGCCUCCUGCAACCUCGCCGCAGAUAUAAAAUCUAUCAGAGGCAAGCAGGCUCAUCCCCAAGGCCAAGUCCAUCCAUCAAGCUCCAAACGCAUCCGCGGAAUCUCUCACUUGUUCUUCAUCAUCCCCCAACGCUUAGACAGGAUCGAGAGGCAGCAGGCUCGCUUAGACCGCAAGCAAGGAUCAAGCGAAAUGGCAGCGGCGGCGGGGAGCGUCCCGUACCAGGGCCGCGGCAGCGUGCGGCGUGCUGAGCCAGUACGUCAAGGCAGCGGCCGGUGGCGGUGCUGCCCCUCAUGCCGGGCGCGGACGUGCCCGUCGCGGUCGCGCACGAGGAGGCGGAGCCCGGGCCGGCGCCGCGGCAGCUGACCAUCUCGUACGGCGGGCGCGUGGUGGUGCUCGAGGACGUCCCCGCCGACAGGGCGGCCGAGCUGCUCCGCGUCGCGGCGGCCGCGUGUCAGCCGGAAUCUAUCUGGCCAAGAGCAGACGGCUCUCAUGAACACACGGAACACAGGGUGGAACUCAACGCGAGAGUGUUUUUAGCACUACGAACAACUUACAGCUUUUUAAUGAGCAGAACACAAGUUUAUAUAUCUAACACCGCGCAGGGGGCGGCGCCGCGUAUAUCUAACACCGCGCAGGGGGCGGCGCCGCGCGACCUGCCGGUGGCGAGGAAGGCGUCGCUGCAGCGGUUCAUGGAGAAGCGCAGGGGCCGGGCCGCCGCGCGCGGGUCGCCCUACAGCCGCCCGGACGCCGCCGGCGCGUCGCCGCACCCGGACCAUCUCGCGCUCGCGCUCUGAUUCGCGUGCUCUUGCUUCUGCUUGUCAGUUGUUUUGUUAGUACUAGAGUACUAGUACUGUACGUGUUCGUAGCAUAGUAGGAAGAUGGAUGGAACAGAGAAUGAAAAUGAGCUCCAAAUUAUUCCUUGCA